AACAUGGCAGAUCAAUUUGUGUUGUAUUAUCAUGUGACGGGGAAAAGCUCUCGUUCAUAAGACGGUCUUUGUGCAAGCUAUCGUAGAUUUUCCUCGCGAGGAAAACGUGUUGUCAGCUCGGUAAACCGUCGCGAUGGCGGACAUGACGAGUCCACCGUUCAGUGACAUUAAACGACCCGAGGAGGUGGUGGCGAUGGCGAUGAACGACGGCCUGAAAUUCGCCGUGCUGAUCGGACUGAUCGAAGUGGGACAGGUGUCGAAUCAGGAGGUUGUCAACACCGUGCUUCACCUGCUGGUGGGCGGCGAAUUCGACAUGGAACUGAACUUCGUGAUCGAGGAAGCACAGAAUAUCAGGCACAUGCUGGAACUGGUCGAUCAUUGCCCGGCCAAUCUCCAGGCAGAUCUGUGGUUCUCCAUAAAUUUGUUCACCGCAAAAUUGAGAAUCUCAGUGCGGAAUAUUAAAACGUGUACAGAAGUAAACCUCAUCGAACUUGUGCUGGUUCGAUUGUCCCGCGCCGAAACUGUCGUCGCAGAUCUGUUGAUCGACAUGCUUGGAGUAUUGGCCAGUUACAGUAUAACGGUGAAGGAGUUAAAACUUUUAUUCGGUGCUAUGAAAGCUGUAAAAGGAAAAUGGCCACGACAUUCGGCGAAACUGUUGAACGUUCUCCGUCAGAUGCCACAACGGAACGGGCCAGACGUGUUUUUCAGUUUCCCCGGUAGAAAAGGAUCGGCAAUCCUCCUGCCGCCGCUCGCGAAGUGGCCGCACGAGAAUGGAUUCACGUUCACCACGUGGUUCCGUCUGGACCCCAUCAACUCGGUUAAUAUCGAACGAGAAAAGCCGUACCUCUACUGUUUCAAAACCAGCAAAGGAGUUGGCUACUCGGCGCAUUUCGUCGGCAACUGCUUGGUCCUCACGUCCAUGAAAGUGAAGGGCAAGGGCUUCCAGCAUUGUGUCAAAUACGAGUUUCAACCGCGAAAGUGGUAUAUGAUCGCCGUAGUGUACAUAUAUAAUAGGUGGACGAAGAGUGAAAUUAAAUGUUUGGUCAACGGUCAAUUGGCUUCGAGCACAGAAAUGGCGUGGUUCGUUUCGACAAACGAUCCGUUCGACAAGUGUCACAUCGGGGCUACACCGGAACUGGAUGAGGAGCGCGUGUUUUGCGGACAAAUGAGCGCGAUUUAUCUGUUCAGCGAGGCUCUCACGACGCAUCAGAUAUGCGCUAUGCAUAGACUGGGGCCUGGAUAUAAGAGUCAGUUUCGUUUUGACAACGAGUGUUACCUGAAUCUGCCUGACAAUCACAAAAGGGUGAGUGAUGAGCCGGAGCUCACGAGCAUGGUGGACCAAAGUAUGCAAACUGUGCUUUACGAUGGUAAGCUGUCGAAUGCGAUUGUGUUCAUGUACAACCCGGUAGCUACGGAUUCUCAACUCUGCCUGCAAAGCGCACCGAAAGGCAACGUCUCCUAUUUUGUACAUACGCCACACGCCCUUAUGCUGCAGGAGGUAAAAGCUGUCAUCACGCAUUCCAUUCAUAGCACGUUAAACUCGAUUGGCGGCAUUCAAGUGUUGUUCCCUUUGUUCUCGCAACUAGAUAUGCCUUACGAUUGCAUAGCGCCGAACGAUGUUAAACGUGAUCCAACGUUAUGUUCGAAACUUUUGGGGUUUAUCUGCGAUCUGGUGGAGAGUUCGCAAACUGUGCAACAGCACAUGGUGCAAAAUCGUGGAUUUUUGGUGAUCAGCUACAUGUUGCAGAGAGCUAGCAGAGACCAUCUAACCACCGAAGUUCUCGCCUCGUUCUUGGAGCUCACUAAACACCUGGUCACGUGUCUCAGCGCGAACAGCGACUUGUUGUUGAAACAGCUAUUGGACCACGUCCUUUUUAAUCCCGCUCUGUGGAUAUAUACUCCGGCUCCUGUGCAAACACGGCUUUAUUCGUACUUGGCCACAGAGUUCCUCAGUGACACGCAAAUAUAUUCUAAUGUAAGGAGAGUCUCCACAGUAUUACAAACGGUGCACACGCUUAAGUACUAUUACUGGGUCGCCAAUCCGCGAGCAAAGAGCGGAAUCACACCUAAAGGACUUGAUGGACCACGACCACAGCAGAAGGAUAUUUUGACAAUACGUUCUUAUAUUUUGUUAUUUUUGAAACAACUGAUCAUGAUCGGGAACGGGGUGAAGGAUGACGAGCUGCAGAGUAUUCUGAAUUAUCUGACGACAAUACACGAGGACGAAAACUUACACGACGUUUUGCAAAUGCUUAUAUCUCUAAUGUCGGAGCACCCGUCGUCCAUGGUGCCUGCUUUCGACGCGAAGCAAGGCGUCAGGACGAUCUUCAAACUGUUGGCGGCGGAGAGCCAACUGAUACGUCUACAAGCCCUGAAAUUACUGGGUUUCUUCUUGAGCCGUAGUACGCAUAAACGGAAAUAUGACGUUAUGAGCCCUCACAAUCUGUACACGUUGCUGGCUGAGAGAUUGCUGCUGAACGAGGAAACACUGUCACUACCAACCUACAACGUUUUAUACGAAAUUAUGACGGAUCACAUUAGCCAGCAGAUCCUCUAUGCCAGGCACCCUGAACCAGAGUCCCAUUAUCGUGUAGAAAAUCCAAUGAUACUGAAAGUAGUAGCGACGCUAAUUCGACAAUCAAAGCAAACUGAGCAAUUACUCGAAGUGAAGAAGCUAUUCCUCUCGGAUAUGACAUUGCUGUGCAACAACAAUCGAGAAAACCGACGAACUGUUCUACAGAUGUCUGUAUGGCAAGAAUGGCUAAUAGCCAUGGCGUACAUUCAUCCGAAGAACACGGAAGAGCAAAAGAUCUCGGAUGUGGUAUACUCGUUGUUUCGCAUGCUUCUUCAUCAUGCUAUCAAACACGAGUACGGUGGAUGGCGUGUAUGGGUGGACACUCUAGCGAUCGUGCACUCCAAGGUGUCCUACGAGGAAUUCAAGCUUCAGUUCGCUCAGAUGUACGAGCAUUACGAGAGGCAGCGAUCAGAUAACAUCACGGAUCCCGAGUUAAGGCAGCAGAGGCCAAUCAGCACUAUCUCCGGUUGGGAUCAACAGCAUUCGGGGAAUAAUGGGUAUAACAAACCAUCGCCAUGGGGCAAUCAACAGAAUCACGAAGUGCAACACGUGGAAAGGAAUUACAAGGAGUUCGAGGGAACCGAGGGCAACGAUCGAAUGGAAGAGUCCUGCAGCUGCGACCUGAACUCGAUAGACAACACGGAGAGCGACGGUAGUCCAGCGAUCGUGAAAUCUCACAGCGAGACCAUGGACACAGCUCAGUCCAGCGAAGCGAUAUCCCUAGACUCGAGACUAAGCGACAAACCAGAAACACCGACAACAGCUCGCGAAAUGCACACGGACACACCGACGAUCCUCGAGGAAGGAAACAGCGAAGCAGUUUCCAUACCGACCACACAAGAAACCAGCGAGGCGAUAUCGAUAGAGAGCUCCAGCGACUUCUACAGCGAAGUCCACAAGAUCGAAGGUUCCAGUCCCGACUCGAUGCAAGAAGUUCUGAAAAAGGACGACGAACCAACAGCUGAACAGAAGCCUCAAGACGAAACUGUCUCUCAGCCAUCUUCCGCUGAGCAAACUAAGGAGAACGCCCAGGCUGCUGGGCAGAAGGAUGCCGAGAACACGGAAGAAACUGUAGCAACAGUCGAGGAAAACGCAGUUGCGUCUGACGCGGCUGAAUCGAACGUCGAGAAGACACCAGGGGUCGAAGCUGAGGUGAAAGUUGAGGUAGAGGCUGAGACCAAGGCUGAAGCUAAAGCUGAAGCCGAGGCUGAGGCUGAGGUCGAGGCUAAAACUGAAACUGAAGCUGAAGCUAAGACGGGAGAGGAGGUUGAAGUCUCUCCUGCAAAGGAGGAGCAGAAGGACGAAGAAGAGAAAGCUAACGUGGAGGAGAACGUUGCUCCCGAAGAAGAGAUUCCUUCCGACACGGCUGAAGCUUCCGAGAAACCGGAAGAGAAGGAAGAACAGACAGCGGACGAAAGUUCGAUGGACGUUGCCGCGAUGGAACAGGCCGAUUCGGAGACCGUGCUAUCUGUCUCACCUGGCGAGACACCUGAACCGUUGACCAUCAAGGACAUCGAGAAGCUGCAAUUGGAGAACGACAAAGAGGUGAUCGACAGCGACACCUCCGAGGCGUACUUAACACCGACAGAGAAUCAAGAGAAUUUGGUCGAGCUGAAGACGAAGGAGAUGGACAAGAUCGAGGAUAAUGCGACCGAUGACGUCACCGCGGAGAUCGUUGAAACGACGAGCGUUGCUGACGUUGAGAUGAACGUGAACGAGGGGACCGAGGAGGCCGUGAAAAAUUCCAAUUGCUCAACUAGCGUAAUAGAAAGUAACGACGAGGCAGGCGGUGCGAAGGUAGAUGUAGAAGAGGAGAAAGUGGAAAGCUUAGCGGGUAGUGAGUUAUGUAGCGAGAAAUGCGCGGUGGACUCUACGAAAGAGGACAAAAGUGCUGUUAUUAAUGAUAACGACGAGAAGGUAACUGAUAAACAUUCAAGGGAGCCGUCCACUAUUUCUACUAACGUAAGUGAUAAUCAGUCAGACAUUCCAGUGAGAACUGAGACCGAGGUAGAGGUAAAAGGUAGUGUUUGUAGUAAUAGCGAUAUUCAAAGUUCUGUAGAUAAUGUGACGCAAGUGCCAAAUCCUAAGCAGCAAAUUCCAACAAUAUCUACGGUCUGUGAUGCUAAUAAAAAUAUGCCCGACGGUGUGCCUAAAAUCGUUAGUUCUACAGUGGUUACCAGGGAUAAUAAUUCGUUGUUGAAUGACUUAACUCCGGAUCACGUAGAUGCCCAUCGCAGAUCCAGCUUACCGGUCGUCUCCACGGAGAACGCGGCCGACGAUAAUGUUAACAGUAACAGUAACGAACCUCCUUCUUUACCUGUACCCUUGCGGAAAACAUCGUCACCCCAGAAACGACCAAGGAGUGCCUCAACGUCCACGCAAGUGGAUCCCAAUCAUUUCGAAUCAAAACGAGCGAAGCAAGGUAAUCCUUCAACGAGACCAAUGUUCAGCCCAGGACCGACUCGUCCUCCUUUCAGAAUACCGGAAUUCAAAUGGUCUUACAUACAUCAGAGAUUACUCUCGGAUGUUCUCUUCUCGUUAGAGACUGACAUUCAAGUCUGGAGAAGCCAUUCGACGAAGUCAGUGUUGGACUUUGUAAACAGCAGCGAAAACGCAAUAUUUGUUGUUAAUACUGUUCACCUAAUUUCACAACUGGCUGACAAUCUUAUUAUUGCCUGCGGAGGAUUGUUACCCCUUCUAGCCUCAGCGACCUCGCCAAAUAGCGAAUUGGAUGUAAUUGAACCAACUCAGGGGAUGCCAAUUGAGGUAGCAGUUUCUUUUCUGCAAAGACUAGUCAACAUGGCUGAUGUACUUAUCUUCGCCAGCUCUUUAAAUUUCGGUGAACUGGAAGCUGAGAAGAAUAUGAUCUCCAAUGUAAUAAAAAAGAAAAGCGCACAUAAUUUAACACAAUACACCUUCUCGAAGUCACCCACCUUACAACAACACUAUCGUAGUUCACAAGUCUGUACAUGUGCCGUUAGAAACUGCUUAGAGUGUAAAGAACGUGGCAGAUCGUACAGCAUGUUAGGUCGGCAGAUUGGUACUAGUAAUAAAUCACAGCACAUACAGUCUCUUAUACGAGGAGCUCAAACAUCACCCAAGAACAUUGUGGAUAAUCUGGCACAUCAGUUGAGUCCUGUAAAGGAUCCUGAGAAAUUACUGCAAGACAUGGACGUGAAUCGCUUGAGAGCUGUGAUAUACAGAGAUGUUGAGGAAACCAAGCAGGCCCAGUUUCUGUCCCUUGCUAUAGUUUACUUCAUCUCUGUACUAAUGGUAUCAAAAUACCGCGAUAUUUUGGAACCACCAAUAUCGCAACGUCCACCAAGCCCUGUUCAAACAAUACAGACUAAUGGUGCUAAUCUGAGACCAGGUAGCCCUUCAGAUGGGAAUGGUGGUGGAGGAGGGCGGCCCCUGUUUCCACAGUGGUCUCACCACGUGUACCCACAGUUCCUCCCGGGAUCUCACCCUAACGCCAAUGCGAAUGCCAAUGCCAAUGCCAACCACCAUAUGAACCAGCACCACCACCAGCACCCGCUACCGGCUGCCAGGCACUCUAAUCGCCAGCCCCCCUCCAACUAUUAUCUCCCGAAUCACCACAGUAAUCAUUAUAACCAUCAUCCGAAUAACCAUAACUAUCAUCGUCAUCAUCAUUACCAUCAUCACAAUAACAACAAUCACCAUCAUACGCUUCAAAAGCAUAUCGAUCAGCCCCGAAAUCUCUGUCAUAGAAACUCCGGUGUUGGUCUGCAAGGAAGCGGUGGUAUAAUGAGUCAGGCUGGUUCUCAAGACGACGGUGAAUACGAGGUGAUAAUCGUCGACGAGAACAACUCGUCGAUCCUGGCGGAUCACGACGUUACGUCAUCUGGACCACCGUCGACGAAGGGAGGUCACAGUGGUAUACCUCGGCCACGGACAAUUCUCGAGGAUUACACCUCGUCAGAACCAACGCUUGGCUCCUCGACAAGACCCACUGAACCACUGCCACGAAAUGUCCAGAGCAACGACUCCAGCGAAGAAACGGUGCAUCGCAGCAAUAUCACCGCGGAUGCAAGUCCAUCUGAGGUUACCACCGACAACGAGAACAAACAUAACUCGUCGGAGGAGGCUUGGACCGACGUGAACCUGAACGAAGAUGGUGACACGAUGCCGAUGGCGAAUCAGAGAGAGGAUCCGCGAAACAUUCACAAUAUGGCUCAUUCUCGCGGUGACAUCCAGGACAACGAGGGGAACGUUCUGGAGCAAGGGAUGAUGGGUAACGCUGAACGUGGUGAAAAACCAUCGGCAGAGAUCUCUGUCGUCUGCGUGUCCGAUAGAUUGGUGAUGACUUCCGCUUCACCGCGACCGGAGGACGUACCUAUCAAAGGACUGGUCGAUCAUCUGCCAGUCCCGACGCCCUCGCGCGAGGCGUCGCUCACGCAAAAACUGGAAAUGGCACUGGGCUCUGUUUGUCCACUCCUGAGGGAGAUCAUGGUGGACUUCGCGCCGUUCCUCUCGAAAACACUCGUCGGCUCUCACGGGCAAGAGUUGCUGAUGGAAGGGAAAGGUCUGACCACCUUCAAAAACAGCAAUUCCGUGGUGGAACUGGUGAUGCUGCUUUGUUCGCAAGAAUGGCAGAACUCGUUGCAGAAACACGCAGGCCUGGCUUUCAUCGAGCUCAUUAACGAGGGAAGGUUGCUGUCUCACGCGAUGAAGGAUCAUAUAGUGAGAGUGGCGAACGAGGCCGAGUUUAUCCUGAAUCGUAUGAGAGCGGACGACGUGCUGAAGCAUGCUGACUUCGAGUCUCAGUGCGCUCAAACGUUGCUCGACCGACGGGAGGAGGAGCGGAUGUGCGACCAUUUGAUCACGGCCGCACGAAGACGGGACAACGUGAUCGCUAGUAGAUUGUUGGAGAAGGUCCGUAACAUUCUGUCGAACAAACAUGGCGCUUGGGGUUACAUGGAUCCAAUGGCUGCAAAGUUGGCCGAAUACUGGAAGCUAGAUGCUUGGGAGGAUGAUGCACGUAGACGUAAGCGUUUCGUGCACAAUCCACUAGGCUCGAGCCAUCCCGAAGCUACACUGAAGGCGGCACUCGAACACGGUGCACCCGAGGAUGCGAUCCUGCAAGCGCGUGAAGAGUUUCACGCGCAUCUCGCAGCCUCGCGUGCACAUCAACAGCAAUUGCAGUCGGCGGAUCUGAUGGACGACAGCGAGCUGUUGUCGGACGACAGGGACCUUGACAACGAUCUGACAGGCCCAGUGAACAUCAGCACGAAGGGAAAAUUGAUCGCGCCCGGUAUCGUUGCUCCUGGUAUUAUCUCCGUCACGUCCACGGAACUCUACUUCGAGGUGGACGAGGAGGACCCGGAGUUCAAGAAGAUCGACAGUGAGGUUCUCAAGUACUGCGAUCAUCUGCACGGAAAAUGGUACUUCUCCGAGGUGCGCGCGAUUUUUUCGCGCCGCUAUCUCCUCCAGAACGUCGCCAUCGAGAUCUUCCUGGCCAGUCGAACCUCGAUCCUGUUCGCGUUCCCGGACCAGGCCACGGUGAAAAAGGUGAUCAAGGCGCUGCCGCGGGUCGGCGUUGGCAUCAAGUACGGGAUUCCGCAGACUAGGAGAGCCUCGAUGAUGUCUCCGCGGCAGCUGAUGAGGAGCUCGAAUAUGACGCAGAAAUGGCAGCGGAGGGAAAUAUCGAAUUUUGAGUAUCUGAUGUUCUUGAACACCAUCGCUGGUCGAACUUACAACGAUUUGAACCAGUACCCCGUGUUCCCUUGGGUGUUGACCAACUACGAGACGAAAGAGCUGGACCUCAGUCUGCCCAGCAAUUAUCGUGACUUAUCGAAGCCAAUCGGAGCGUUGAACCCGAGCAGAAGGGCUUACUUCGAGGAACGCUUUCAAAGCUGGGAGCACGACAGUAUACCGCCGUUCCAUUACGGCACCCACUAUUCCACCGCCGCGUUUGUGUUGAACUGGAUGAUCCGUGUGGAGCCUAUGACAACGAUGUUUUUGGCGCUCCAAGGCGGCAAAUUCGACCACCCGAAUCGAUUGUUCUCCUCGAUCGCCCUCUCUUGGAAGAAUUGCCAACGUGAUACGUCAGACGUUAAGGAAUUGAUUCCGGAAUUUUUCUUCCUGCCGGAAAUGUUGGUAAACAGCAACCGGUAUCGGUUGGGUAGGCAAGAAGAUGGUAGCGUUGUUGGUGAUGUUGAAUUACCACCGUGGGCAUCUUCCCCGGAAGAGUUUAUACGAAUUAAUCGUAUGGCUCUUGAAUCGGAGUUCGUGUCUUGUCAAUUACACCAGUGGACCGACUUGAUAUUUGGUUACAAACAGAAAGGUCCAGAAGCUGUUAGAGCAACAAACGUUUUCUACUAUUUAACAUACGAAGGCAGCGUGGAUCUAGAUACGAUAACCGAUCCGGUAAUGAGAGAAGCCAUAGAGAACCAAAUACGAAACUUUGGUCAAACACCCUCGCAACUUUUAAUGGAGCCGCAUCCUCCGAGAAGCUCGGCGAUGCAUUUGUCGCCGAUGAUGUUCUCUAGCAUCCCAGACGACGUGUGUAUGACCAUCAAGUUCCCAUCGAACUCGCCAAUUUGUCACAUCUCAGCUAACACGUAUCCUCAGUUACCUUUACCAUCAGUCGUUACAGUCACUACUGGACAGCAAUUCGCUGUCAAUAGAUGGAACACUAACUAUGCGGCAUCUGUACAAUCGCCGAGUUACGCAGAUACUCCUCAAGCUCAAGCUGCUAAUCAGCCAUUAUCUAUGGAUCCUGUCCUGUGUAAGUCACAAGCGGCAAAUAGCUCAAAUCCCACGCUGCGACGUCACUUGGGUGACAAUUUCAGUCAGAUGCUGAAAAUAAGAAGCAACUGCUUCGUCACAACGGUGGACAGUAGAUUCUUGGUCGCAUGUGGUUUCUGGGAUAACAGCUUCCGUGUGUUCUCCACUGAAACUGCAAAAAUCGUGCAGAUAGUGUUCGGCCAUUAUGGAGUCGUCACAUGUUUGUCACGCAGUGAAUGCAAUAUUACAUCUGAUUGCUACAUAGCAUCUGGAAGUGCUGAUUGCACUGUUCUGUUGUGGCAUUGGAACGCUAGAACGCAGACGAUCGUUGGAGAAGGUGAAGCCCCUGCACCUCGAGCAACCCUCACGGGACAUGAAGAACCGGUCACUGCUGUCGUUAUUUCAGCUGAAUUGGGCUUGGUCGUAUCUGGAUCUUAUUACGGUCCAGUUCUAGUACACACGACUUUCGGUGAUCUUCUGAGAUCGCUGGAAGCACCAAAUGGAUUUUCUUCACCUGAAAAUAUCGCAAUGUCGCGAGAAGGUGUCAUUGUGGUGAAUUAUGAACGAGGACACAUAGCAGCGUUCACCAUAAAUGGAAAACGCCUUCGUCACGAGUCUCAUAACGAUAAUCUUCAAUGUCUACUUCUCAGCAGAGACGGCGAGUACUUAAUGACAGGUGGUGACAAACGAAUCGUAGAAGUUUGGAGAACGUUCAAUCUAGCUCUUCUUUACGCAUUCCCAGCUUGUGAAAGCAGUGUGCGUUCUCUAGCACUUUCACACGACCAAAAGUUUCUCCUAGCUGGCUUAGCCAACGGAUCGAUUGUGAUUUUCCACAUCGACUUCAACAGAUGGCACCACGAGUUCCAGCAACGCUACUGAGACUGCUUCGCGUACGUCUAGCAAAGUCGAACGAGCAAUGAACAAGUGUUCAUCUGUCGUUCGUCUUCCUUGCACAAUACAGACAGAUUUCUCUCAGCCAUCAUCAUGGUUGCGUCGCAACGAUCACAUCCACCUAAAAGUCAGUCUCGCAACAUCCAACAUGUGUGUACAACACUAACUCAACUAUAACACGUUGAAUUCGAGAGGGAGGGGAAAAAUAAAAACGCAUCGUGCAAUAACGCGAAGAUUGGACAAGAACGUUCGUCGAUCGUCUCGAUCGCUUUCGAACAAGAAGCGAUCUCGAGAAAAAUGACGGGCAACGGUCUGAUUUUUGAGUGUUUUACAGAUAGGAGCAACGAGCAACGACGCUUUCGUAAUCGUUUAUUACAAUCAAGUAGUGGGCGCAGAGAACAGUAGUCGCCGAGCAGCAGGUAUACUCACGAUAUUCAGCGUUCUAGCAAUAAAACAAGAAACAAAAAAAUAUUCGCUUUCUCGCGACUCUAAGGGAGGAGAAUAUUCGAGUGCUUCCGUGAGAUGACGCGAGCGAAUCGACGAUCACGCGCAAGCGCACGAAGGUAGAGCGAAGUUUCGAACACGGGGGCUAAGCUCGAGCUCGCGUUAUUCCGCGAUCUCAGUCGGUAUCGACACUUGCCUCGAGCUUUCUAACCGUGCAUAGAACGAGAGAGAGAGAAGGAGAGGAAAUUAAAAAUUCACACAAACGUUGAAAGAAAAGAAUAGAAACCGUGUCACUCUCUCUCGAACCGCUAGUCAAUUACGAACACACUCGAAUCUAUCUGUACGCUUGCGAAUACUCGAAGGCCGAUUCUCUGGACGCUGCUCUAAACGCGAUUAGAUUCCUCGAACAGCAGUCCUGCUACGAGGCGAUCGCGAGCAGUCUCUGUGUAGCAUGCCGGGGCCACGUUAUUUCCUUAUCCUUGGAAUUUUAACGUGGCCACGGCUCCCGACACA